UGACGCGUCUAGCUACAUAUAUACCAAUCUGUGGACGCGUCGUACCUAAGCCGGUUACGUUGUGACUGUUUGUUAUAAGCUUUUGGUUUAAGGAAUUAAAGAAUAUAACCAAAUAACUGAUAAUCACACCUAAACAUAUAAGUUUGUUUUUAAUUAACAAGUAAUAAAGUUAAUUGCUGAAAUAUUUUCCCUUAAAUAGUUUUUGCUUCGUAAACCUACGAAGAUUUCGCUAUAACGUAGGUUAUAAACUUUCGAACUCCAAAAUGACAAUGGACAUCCGCCCAAACCAUACUAUAUACAUAAAUAAUUUAAAUGAAAAAAUUAAAAAAGAAGAGCUUAAAAAGUCUCUUUACGCAAUAUUUUCACAAUUCGGACAGAUUUUAGAUAUAGUUGCCAUGAAGACUCUCAAAAUGAGAGGUCAGGCUUUCGUUAUAUUUAAGGAAAUUUCAAGUGCGACUGUUGCUUUGAGAAGUAUGCAAGGAUUCCCUUUUUAUGACAAACCAAUGAGAAUUCAAUACUCAAAAACUGAUAGUGAUGUCAUCGCCAAAGUUAAAGGUACCUUCCAAGAAAGACCGAAACGUCCGAAACUACCUAAAAGCUCAGAAGAUGGCAAAAAGAAGAAGAGUAAGGAUGCAAAUAGAUCCAUUGUGCCUGGCUUUGGUCAACCGAGUCUUCUCAAUAAUGUUAAUGUGGAACAACCACCCAACCAGAUUCUCUUCUUAACUAAUCUACCAGAUGAGACAUCGGAGAUGAUGUUGUCUAUGUUGUUUAAUCAAUUCCCUGGCUUUAAAGAAGUUCGACUUGUGCCAAAUAGACACGAUAUUGCGUUUGUCGAGUUUGCCAAUGAAAUGCAAUCGGCUGCGGCGAAGGAAGCUCUCCAAGGAUUCAAAAUAACGCCAACACACGCAAUGAAGAUAUCAUUUGCUAAAAAAUAAUGUUAAGGAUUUAUUGUAAGAACUAAUAAAGCUUUAAGUAUUAUGAGAACUGUUUUGAGCAUUGCACUUAGCCUUAACAGCUCUCUGGCUGUGACUAGUCAUUAAUUUCAUAGAAAA